AUGUUGGAAGCGGCGAGAACGAACUACGAGAGAGUGAAAUUCGCCCACGAGGCCAAUCAGAGGUGGGAAAAGGCGAAAGAAACGUUGUCGUUUCGAAGGAGUGGGAGUGGUGAAAGUGACGCGAAGAAGAACGAGAAUAAUAAUAACAGCAGCAAAAACGGCGGCGGUAUCGUUUCAAAAGAAGACGUGAGGAUGGCGGAUGAAAGUGACAUCGCCAUCGCGGCGAGAAGAGGGUGCGAUUUUGGUUCUUCUUCUCCGUCUGCGUCGACGACGAUUCAGACGACGACGCGGGAGGAAAGAAGACAAAAAGAUAUCUUUUACCGCGCGAAAGCGUGCGAACGGUUCGACGAUUUAGGCGGGAGAGGACAGUUAUUCGCGUGUUUUGUCGUCCAACCUGCACACGAAGAGAACGUGUUGUGCGUGGUGGACGGGAAAGGACGGACGAUGUGGAGAGAGGAGAUGAGCGAAAGACUGGCGGAACGACGCCGAGCGAGAGAGGAUGGAGGAAAGUUGAGAGCGGGAGAAGUCGUGGACGUAGGGGCCUAUCAGUGCAGAAUUACCAGCGAAGGCGAAGAGGACGGGCCGUUCGAGUAUAGCAUCUCGGAUGGUGAAGGAGGCAAGACGACGUCGAGCGAGUACGGGUCGGGGGAGUCGUCGGCGGCGUGUUUUUCUUCUUCGGAGGACGAGGCGGAGAGGACGAAGAGAAAACCGCCGCCGCCGCCGGAGAUGGUCGUCGAAUUGAAAGUGAACGAAAAGACUGGGAAACUUCAACCGCCACCGGGGUACGCGUUAGUCGCGAAACCGGAAUACGAUGAGUUUGGAAUAGCUAUUGAACACCCAGGCGUGGAGUACGAGCCGCAGAAUUGGUGGCAGUACUUUUGGGGGUACGCGAAAGUUCCGAAACCGCUCGAAGUGACGCACAAACAGAGGAAAGGAGGUGAAGUUCUGUCGUCGUCGUCGUCGUCGUCGUCGCGAAGGAGAAGAUCGACAUUAAAGGCAGGCGAAGAAUAUCGAAAAGAAAGGGACGAUAACACGGAAACAACGAUAAAAAAAGAGAAGAAAGAAAAAACGAAAUGGAUGCGAGACGGAUGGCCCGGGAAAUCCGAAGGCAAACCGCGUCCUCGACCGUUUACGGACGAGGAAGUCGAGCAGGCCCGCUUUGAACUCUUAUCGAGAGAAGCCGAAGCGAGACAAACGGCCUCGAAAAUGGAAACGAGAGCGAAACUGGAAGCGGCGAAGGCGGCGGAGGCGGCUUUGGAAGCGGCCAAAGCUGCUUUGAAAGUCAAAGAAGCAGCGUUAGCCAACGCUAAAGUGCAAGAGGCAGUCAUGCGCGCUGAACAAGCGCGAACGGCGGUGAUGAUGGCAAAAGAAGCCGAACGAUUAGCGAAAGUCGCGCUGGUAUCCACCUUGCCGACGCAUAAAGACUACGACAACGCGCAAUACGCGACGCGAAACGUCAACUUAGCGACGAGAGAAGAGUUUGAGCGCUUGUACGGAUUGGAGGUGAACGCGACGAACUAUCCCGUGUUGGAGGCGUAUCGCAAGGCUUACGAACAUCAGCGUCUGAAUAUGCCUCCAAGUUCUACCUCUGCAGCACCUCUUACUCCUGAAAUGAUGGCGUCGGCGGCAACGAAAAAUAAUAACAACAGCGCCAUCAUGGAUUCGUUGAAAUGGCUCGCCAAGGGUGGUCCUUUGCAACAACAACAAUCCGAUCAACAACACGAACGACAACAAAGGUCAACCAUCGUUUCGCCAAAAGUUGAUCCGGCUGUUUUUGCUCCCGUUACGCACGAGUUUCAAAAGUUCAUGCCUCAGCCCGCGGCGGCGGUCCCUGUUUUCUCUCCCACGGUUCUGGAGCAGCAACAAGAACAAAGAGUCCCUGUCGUCGCUACUACCACGGAACACCCGCCCGAAAAGAGUGAAGAAGACGAAGGAGUAGACUUCGAUAAUGGUAGAGAUUGUGAACUCGAAAAGCCGCCAAUGAAGAAUGAAUCAAUCUCUGUCAAGAAGCCGUCGACGGCAAACGGCGUCAAAGUUGUUCCGACCAAAAACAAAAGAGAAAAGAAGUUGAGCCGAAAAGAGAAAGAGAAGGCGCAUUUGCUGGCCAAAAUUGCAGCUUUGGAACAAGAAGCCGCGAGGAAAGGUUUCGUGAAGUCAGGAAAGAAAUCUGUGCCCAUAAUUGAACACAAAAAAGAAGACAUCUUCAGCUCUGUCGAGAAUAAGAACAAGAAACAACCGACGGCGUCGGAGGCAGUUGUCGUUCAAGAUCGAGAGAAAUGUACGCAAAAAGAAGUGUCGCUUGUGAAGAGCCGCGCGCAGUUUUUCGCGUUUCAAAAGUGCCAAAAUCAACAUCGAAUUAACGACGACGACGAAACGUCGAAGAGACCUUUAUCGACAACUGAAAAAGCGCGCUUGGAGAUUGAAGCCGCGUCUGCGGGAUUAUCGGUCGCAGACCGAGCAAAGCGCGUCGCGAACAACUUCAAACCAAAAGCGCAGCACGCGUAA